AUGGGCCGGACAGCCGGCAUCAGGUACGGCCCACGCCCAAUCGACCUCGACAUCCUCUUCUACGGUGACCAAACUGUCGACACAGACACUCUCAGGAUCCCACACGAGAGAAUCUGGGAGAGGCCUUUUGUUCUAGGCCCAUUGACCGAUGUAUUGGGCCACGACACGGAGAAUAAUGACGUGGCCCGAUUUUGGCACGACUCGUCCGGCUUUUCGGGUGGGAUUUUCGAGGCGUGGGAGAAAAAGAAAUCGGGCCCAGGUGGAAUAAUGAGGAGGGUUUUGCCAGUCGCGGGUGAAUUACGGGAUUGGUGUGGAAAAACAUGGGUCAUGGGUGUUCUCAACUUGAACCCCGACAGCUUUAGCGACAGGGGCAAAUUCGCCGACGUGAAAUCGGCCGUCGAUCGAGCUCGGUUGAUCUUGGCCGACGGUGCAGAUAUAAUCGAUAUAGGCGCGCAAUCCACGCGGCCAAUGGCGGAAAAGCUCUCUCCCGAGCAGGAACUGAGUCGUUUGAUCUCGGUUCUUGAUGUCGUUGUGGAUUUGCCUGAAAUCGAGGGGAAGCUGAUAUCAGUCGACACUUUUUACUCAGAAGUCGCCUCGGAAGCAGCCAAACACGGCGCUAAUAUCGUGAAUGAUGUCUCGGGCGGGAGAUUAGAUCCCGACAUGCAUAAAGUGGUGGCGGGACUCGAAAUUCCGUACGUGGCCAUGCACAUACGAGGGGACCCGUCUACAAUGCAGAACAGCGAGAACCUGAGUUAUGGUGAUGUGUGCGCUGACGUGGCACGUGAACUGUUUAAUGGGUUGAAGUAUAUCAGGGGUGAGAUUGGGAAAAGGAGGUUGGCCGUGUCACGUGUGCCCUUGUUGUUGGGGGUUUCGAGGAAGAGGUUCUUGGGUGAGAUUUGCAGCCAGCCAAACGCGGCACAGCGGGAUGCUGCUACCGUGGCUUGUGUGGCGGCUGGGGUUUUUGGGGGUGCGAAUAUUGUGAGGGUGCACAAUGUGAGGGAUAAUAGGGAUGUUGUUAGGAUAUGGAUGUGGUAUCAGCUUCCUGAGUUCUCUGAAUUUGAAAUAAUUGAUAAAGAUCUCAUCUUUUUCAUCUGCUAUGAGUACCCAUAUACCCGAUUCGACAAGCAGUUUACAUGGUAUAAUGUAGCGAUUAAGUGUGCUACAAUCACUCCAGAUGAAGCUCGUGUGGAGGAGUUUGGCUUGAAGAGUAUGUGGAAGAGUCCGCAACUCGUUUGCAGCUCGAAGUUUCAGAUCAGUAAGAAAUUAGCUUUGAUGAUGAUCCGCAGCGUAAAGCAACAGAUCACAGCUGAUGAUAUUGAUUUCGAGCUUUCAGGUGCCAGAAUCGCUUGCUCUAGAUACCAUAUUGAAUUCAAUUUUCGAGCUACAGCUACACUUUCAAACCCUCGUGGAAUAGAAUGCAGCACUUCCAAACCAUCAUGGAAUAGAAUGCACACUCAAUCUCUAGACAUGGCUGCCGCUGCUGUAUCUCUGAGCUCCGCCGAUGCUGAGAAGCUCGCCGCGCUCAAAUCCGAUGUCGCCACCCUCAAUCAGAUCAGUGAGAAUGAGAAAUCUGGAUUCAUCAAUCUGGUAGCUCGCUAUCUCAGUGGAGAAGCUCAGCAUGUAGAAUGGAGUAAGAUCCAGACACCAACUGAUGAGGUUGUGGUGCCUUAUGAUACCCUGGCCCCUGUACCUGAAGAUGCUGCUGAGACCAAAAAGCUUCUGGACAAACUUGUGGUGUUAAAGCUCAAUGGAGGCUUGGGAACUACAAUGGGCUGUACUGGACCAAAGUCUGUUAUUGAAGUUCGUAAUGGUCUUACAUUUCUUGAUUUAAUCGUCAUUCAGAUUGAGACACUCAAUGCCAAGUACGGGUGCAAUGUGCCGCUGCUUUUAAUGAACUCAUUUAACACUCAUGAUGAUACAUUAAAGAUUGUUGAAAAGUAUGCCAAGUCAAAUAUUGACAUUCACACAUUUAACCAGAGCCAAUACCCUCGUCUAGUUGUUGAAGAUUUCAAGCCACUUCCAUCCAAAGGAAACACUAGCAAAGAUGGAUGGUACCCUCCUGGUCAUGGAGAUGUCUUUCCUUCUUUGAAAAAUAGUGGGAAGCUUGAUGCACUGUUAUCACAGGGCAAAGAAUAUGUCUUUGUGGCCAACUCAGAUAAUUUGGGUGCUGUUGUUGAUUUGAGUAUCCUUCCCAACCAGCAAUUGGUCACCCCUAAAACACUUGCCGAUGUGAAAGGUGGUACUUUAAUCUCUUAUGAAGGGAAAGUACAGCUGCUGGAGAUAGCGCAAGUUCCUGAUGAACAUGUCAAUGAAUUCAAGUCGAUCGAGAAGUUCAAGAUUUUCAAUACCAACAACCUAUGGGUCAACUUGAAGGCAAUCGACAGACUUGUUCAAGGUGAUUCAUUGAAGAUGGAGAUCAUUCCCAACCCAAAGGAAGUUGAUGGGGUCAAAGUUCUUCAACUCGAGACUGCUGCUGGCGCUGCCAUAAAGUUUUUCGAUCAUGCUAUUGGAAUCAAUGUUCCACGGUCUCGCUUCCUUCCUGUAAAAGCAACUUCCGAUUUGCUGCUAGUCCAAUCCGAUCUAUACACCUUGUCUGAUGGCUUUGUGACCCGGAACCCAGCAAGGAGCAAUCCUGCUAAUCCCUCUAUUGAACUGGGACCUGAAUUCAAGAAGGUUGCUAAUUUCCUAAGCCGAUUCAAGUCUAUUCCUAGCAUCAUUGAUCUGGACAGCCUGAAGGUGACUGGUGAUGUUUGGUUUGGAACUGGCGUUACUCUAAAGGGUAAGGUGACAAUUGCUGCUAAAUCCGGCGUGAAGCUGGAAAUCCCUGAUGGAGCUGUGAUCGCCGACAAGGAAAUCAACGGUCCGGAAGAUAUAUAAUGAUUAAGAAGACAUGAUAACAGACAUACCUCUUGAAUUAAACCGAGCUUUUCAAUUCCAAUGAGUGUGUGUGUGUGUGUGUUUUUUU